UGUUGCUUCCUUGUACCCCAGGGCAAAAUUGGCUCUUGCUGGCAGGUUACUGCCUAUGACUGGGUCUUUCGUUGCCAUUGAAACGAUCCUUGGGCUGCCUGUCCCGCGAAGAAGUGUGCUUUAAGUACCGGAGUCGCCUUCGUCAGCCGUGUGUGAUGUCAGAGGUGACUUGUGCCAACAAAUCCGAGAUGGGAAUGACGUAGCUCUCGAAGGCGCCUCCCUGCCCUACCGUUAGCUCGCUGCCUUCCCGGGCAGACUUUCCCCUGCCCGGGGAGCGGGCUGUGCUGCUCCGCCAUGUUCCGCCGGGCGCCCCGCCGCCUACAACUCCCGUGAUGUCCCGCUCCGGGCGCCGCGAGGACGCCGCCGCAGCGGCGCGCGGGGCGGCGGAGCGGCCGUUGCCGGGGUGACGGGGGCGGGGGGGGUCGCCGCCAUGUUGCCCGUCCCGCCGCCAUGCUGCCCGGUUCCCCGGCGCCCCGCCAUGCCGCCCGGUUCCCCCGCGCCCCGCCGCCGCCCCUCGACUCGCAGCGCCGCGACUUGCCCAUCUUCCAGGCGCGGGCGCCGCUGCUCAGCCAGCUCCGCGCCGCGGACGGCGCCGUCCUCAUCGGAGAAACGGGCUCAGGGAAGACCACUCAGGUCCCUCAGUACCUCUACGAAGCAGGAAUUGGCCGCCAAGGCAUCAUUGCUGUGACCCAGCCCCGCAGAGUCGCAGCUAUAGCCUUGGCUACCAGAGUCUCGGAUGAGAAGAAGACAGAGCUGGGGAAACUGGUUGGCUAUACUGUACGCUUCGACGAUCUUACAUCUGAUGAAACUAGAAUCAAGUUUUUAACAGAUGGAAUGCUGCUUCGCGAAGCUAUUGGGGACCCUAUGCUGCGAAAGUACAGCAUUGUCAUCCUGGACGAAGCCCACGAGAGGACUAUCCAUACCGAUGUACUCUUUGGAGUGGUAAAAGCUGCACAAAAGAAACGAAAGGAACUGGGCAAACUGCCACUAAAAGUGAUCAUCAUGUCAGCUACGAUGGAUGUUGACCAGUUCUCCCAGUACUUUAAUGGAGCUCCUGUUCUCUAUUUAGAAGGCAGGCAACAUCCCAUUCAGAUCUUUUACACCAAACAGCCUCAGAGCGAUUACCUCCAAGCAGCACUGGUGUCAGUCUUCCAAAUCCACCAGGAAGCACCCCCUUCUCAGGACAUCCUGGUGUUUCUGACUGGUCAGGAAGAAAUUGAAGCAAUGACCAAGACCUGUCGAGACAUUGCCAAGCAUCUCCCUGACGGCUGCCCGCAGAUGAUGGUGAUGCCUCUUUAUGCUUCUCUGCCCUACUCGCAACAACUCCGUGUCUUUCAGGCUGCCCCCAAGGGCUGUCGCAAAGUGAUCCUCUCCACCAACAUAGCAGAGACCUCCAUCACCAUUGCGGGAAUAAAAUACGUUGUGGACACAGGCAUGGUCAAAGCAAAGAAGUAUAGCCCUGAAACUGGCCUGGAAGUGCUGGCCGUCCAGCGGGUGUCGAAGGCUCAGGCAUGGCAACGCACAGGGAGAGCAGGGCGAGAGGACAGCGGGAUCUGUUACCGGCUCUACACAGAGGAUGAGUUUGAGAAGUUUGACAAAAUGACAAUACCUGAGAUACAGAGGUGUAACCUGGCCAGCGUGGUGCUUCAGCUCCUGGCCAUGAGAAUUCCCAAUGUGCUCACCUUUGACUUCAUGUCCAAACCAUCUCCUGAUGCUAUUCAAGCAGCGAUCGAGCAGCUGGACCUGCUGGGAGCUGUGGAACGAAAGGAAGAUCAGCUUGUCCUAACCCCCCUGGGAAGGAAGAUGGCAGCCUUUCCUCUGGAACCAAAGUUCUCUAAAACCAUCCUCCUGUCCCCCAAGUUCCAUUGUACAGAAGAGAUCCUCACCAUCGUGUCGUUGUUGUCAGUGGACAGUGUCCUCUACAAUCCUCCUGCCCAGCGGGAUGAAGUGCAAUCCGUCAGGAAGAAAUUCAUCUCCAAUGAGGGAGAUCAUCUUACCCUGCUCAGCAUGUACAGAGCCUUCAAAAAUGUCAGUGGCAACAAGGAAUGGUGCAAAGAGAACUUUGUCAACAGCAGGAACAUGAUGCUUGUGUCAGACGUCAGAGCUCAGCUCAGGGACAUCUGUGUAAAGCUAUCGAUGCCGAUCGAGUCCUCCCGCUCCGACACCGGAAACAUCCGCCGCUGCCUGGCUCACAGCCUCUUCAUGAACGCCGCGGAGCUGCAGCCAGAUGGCACCUACAGCACCGUGGACUCGCACCAGCUGGUGGCCAUCCACCCCUCCUCCGUGCUCUUCCACUGCAAGCCAGCCUGCGUGGUUUACAACGGGCUGCUUCACACCAACAAGUGCUACAUGCGGGACCUGUGCGUGGUGGAUGCGGACUGGCUGUUUGAUGCAGCCCCUGACUAUUUCCGCAGGAAGCUCCGAACGGCCAAGAACUGACCCGUGGGUCUGGGACCAACGGGUCCAGGGUUUUUAGGCUCACCCUAAAAGACUAUUUUUUCUUCCUUAAUGAAUGAAAGCAGUAGAGCUUUGCCAUCCUGGAGAUGUCGAAUGUCAUCCUCUAUGCUGGCUGGUCCAUCAGUUAUGUUGAAACAAACACAUGCCUUCAAAACCAAAGCAGCGUUUAUAUUGUCAAAGGAGGAAAUAGUCCCCCGUCAAUCAAUUUUGUGAUGUUCAUUGGCAUACAGCUGUUACCUACUCAGAAAAACAUUAAUAUCAAAAUCACUUGUAUCCUUAGCAGGUUUUAUUGGGAAAGAGGAAAAAGAAAAAAGUUUUAAAUGUCUACAUACAGGGGCAAAAAUGCCUUUUUAAAACUUAUUUUUAGAAGGGAGGUGCUACUGUCUUUUACCUCAAUGAACAUCUUUCUGCCUGCAUGUCAAGUUCACUGUCUUAUUUGGGACUGUACAAAGGCCAGUGAGGGGAAUGCCUGCUUGGACAAGGUCUUUGCUGCUUGUGUCUAAGCCUGUGGGGCUGGCAGUGCUUUCCUGGAGAGGUUAUUCAGCUGCCUGCAUGUUUGAGGAAACGGUCCACCACCAAUCAGUUUUGUGAUGUUACUUGGUGUUAUUUUUUCUGAGUAGGUAAUGGCUGUACAGUGAGAAGAAACAUUAGUAUCAAAAUCGUUUGGCAUAGUGUAAUUCUGUAACACAGCUACCUGGGUUAGCACGCCAAUAAAACACUGUGUCCAGAA